GUUUCCGGGGUUUCCCCCCUCUGGAGGGGAGAGGUUACUGUCGGUCAUUGACACGCUGUCGUUCCUGAUUCAGUCUGCCAAGAGUGCGUGAAGCGGAGAGACUUGAGGCAGCAAGGGAGCAGCUCAAUGCGGAACGAACGCUGCUGAGGUGAAAUCUGGCGCCACGUUCUAAAUUGGAACGCUGAUACAUUCUGCUCGUCGCUGAAUACAACCAGAUUCUCUCGGAAGAGGAAACAUCCCCUCUGCAUUUACCCUGUCAAGACCCUUCAGCAUCUUAUGUAUAAAAAGAAAGUCUUCGGUCUCUGCUGCAUUCCUGACCCCCUCAGCUGGCUGAAAGAGUUGGAGUAUAAUACUCGUAACCUGCUGGUUGAAAUCCAUCCAGAAGGAAAGGAAUUCCAAAAGCACUUGAAGUCUCCCUGAAGCUGGACCUGCUGCUUUUAUUGUACCUUUCUCCUCUCCCUCCCUUUUUCUCUCUGUCAAACUCGUCACUCUCCAACACUGUUUUAGCCAAACUGCAGCUCAUUUGCCACCUUCUGAGAACCAAGUCACACUCACCAACACCCAAAAGCAUAGUCAGUUGAGAGUGGGAGACCGCCAAACAGAUCCUAGAAAAUAUCCAGUUCCAGUAUCUGAAGGGGAGGGACAAAAAUCCAAAUAAUGAAGCUUAAGCAAGAAGUGCAUUGCAUUUUCUUGCUUCCUAUCUACCUGUUGAUGUGGCUUUACACAACCCUCACCUUUAUCCCAUGGUAUUUCCUCUCUGAUGCAAAGACGAAAAAGGCAAUGGCAAAACGAAUCAAGGCCAAGCCCACAUCCGAGAAACCAGGCAGCCCAUUCCGAUCUGUGGACCACUUUGACUCCCUUGCCAAAAUGGACUUCCCUGGGCUGGACACACUCGAUAAACUCUUUGAAGCAGCUGUGAAGAAGUUUCAGAAGCAGAACUGUUUGGGCACAAGAGAGCUGUUGAGUGAGGAGAAUGAGGUGCAGGCCAAUGGAAAAAUAUUUAAAAAGCUAAUCCUGGGAGAAUAUAAAUGGCUAAGCUAUGAAGAGGUAAAUCAGUGUGUAAACCGCUUUGGCAGUGGCCUAUCUGCCUUGGGACUGAAGGCAAAGGAUAUGAUUGGCAUCUUCUGUGAAACCAGAGCUGAGUGGAUGAUUGCAGCCCAGGCCUGCUUCAAGUACAAUUUUCCACUUGUAACAAUUUAUGCCACCCUUGGAGAAGAUGCUGUCGCUUAUGGACUAAAUGAAUCUGAGGUAACGCAUCUCAUCACAAGUGUGGAACUCCUUGAUACCAAGUUGAAGAGAGUGCUGCCGAAACUUCAGAAGCUGAAGCAUGUCAUUUAUGUGGACAAGAAAGCCGUCAAUGCUUCGGAAUAUUCAGAAGUUCUCCAGGUCCACAGUAUGGCUUCUGUGGAAGAACUUGGAGCCAAACCUGAGAACUUAAACAUAACUCCAUCCAGGCCUGUUCCCUCGGACUUGGCUGUGGUGAUGUACACAAGUGGAUCUACAGGUCAUCCAAAAGGAGUGAUGAUGGUACACAGUAACUUGAUAGCGGGUAUGACUGGCCAGUGUCAGAGGAUACCUGAGCUGGGGCCCAAAGAUACAUAUAUCGGAUAUCUGCCAUUGGCUCAUGUGCUGGAGCUUACUGCAGAAAUUUCCUGUGUGGCAUAUGGCUGUCGAAUUGGUUAUUCAUCUCCCCAAACCCUGUCUGACCAGUCAACUAAAAUCAAAAAAGGCAGUAAAGGUGAUUGUUCCAUCCUGAAGCCAACACUGAUGGCAGCAGUUCCCGAAAUCAUGGACCGUAUCUAUAAAAACGUCAUGAGCAAGGUGCAGGAGAUGAACUAUUUACAGAGGACUUUAUUUAAAUUAGGUUAUGAUUACAAGUUGGAACAAAUCAAAAGAGGUUAUGAUGCACCCCUCUGCAGCAUGAUAUUAUUUAAAAAAGUGAAAGCCCUUUUGGGAGGAAAUGUUCGAAUGAUGCUGUCUGGAGGGGCUCCCCUUUCUCCACAAACACAAAGGUUUAUGAAUGUGUGUUUCUGCUGUCCAGUAGGUCAAGGUUAUGGCUUGACUGAGACAUGUGGAGCUGGAACCAUCACUGAAGUAUUGGACUACAGCACAGGCAGAGUUGGAGCCCCAUUGAUCUGUUGUGAAAUCAAGCUGAGAGAUUGGGAAGAAGGUGGAUACACCACUUGUGAUCAGCCCAAUCCAAGAGGAGAGAUUCUAAUUGGUGGACCAAAUGUGGCUAUGGGGUACUUCAAAAAUAAUAAAUCCAGCAGUGAUUUCUUUGAAGAUGACCAUGGUCAGCGUUGGUUUUGCACAGGAGAUAUUGGUGAAUUCCACCCAGAUGGCUGCUUACAGAUAAUUGAUCGCAAGAAAGAUUUAGUGAAGCUACAAGCUGGAGAAUAUGUCUCUUUGGGUAAAGUUGAGUCUGCCUUAAAGAGUUGUUCCCUCAUUGAUAAUAUUUGUGCAUACGCAAACAGUGAACAAUCUUAUGUAAUUAGUUUUGUGGUACCCAACCAGAAGAAGCUGACUGCCCUUGCGGAACAGAAACAAGUUCAGGGAACGUGGGAGGAAAUUUGUAAUGAUAGCAAGAUGGAAGCUGAAGUACUGCGGGAAAUCAAAGAAGCAUCAGCAUCCAGUAAAUUAGAGAAGUUUGAAGUCCCUGUGAAGGUUCGUUUGAGCCCAGAGCCUUGGACUCCUGAGACUGGUUUGGUAACAGACGCCUUCAAGCUUAAGAGGAAAGAACUGAAGAACCACUACCUCAAUGACAUUGAAAGGAUGUAUGGAGGGAAAUAGAUUCUUCAAAACCCUGGAUGAUAGAUUUAUGGUGCCUGCAGAAAAGUAGCGCACCAAACAGGACAGUGAUUAAUUUUAAACAAAUUAAUGAACCCAAAUGGUUUUUCUCCAAUGUAUUCACUCUUACUUGAACAUUAAAGCAAGCAAUUGGAAAAUUUCUUGAAGGUUGUAAGGUUCCACCAUGUGCCCACCUUCGAGUAAUGACCAUUGUCCUCUUGCAUGUUUGUUUUUUUACCUUUGGUUUUGUGUUUUUUCUUUGUGGGGGGACCACCAGUUGGUUAUACAGGAAAUGCUGGGGAGAGAAUGGAGUCUGUUAUUGUAAAUGAGCUUUUAAAAAAGUGACCAUUUUCUUUCCUAUAUUCUUUACUUAAAGAAAACAAUGCGAGGUUUCUCCAUGUAGCUUGAACCUCUCAAAACCCCAAUCGGGUGGUGGCACUGUUUUUUUUUGAUGUGAUGUUUGCACUAGAAUGUUUCAUGUUUAUAUAAAAUGUUGCUGAAAAUAUUUUGGUUCUUAAAAAUGAUAGAUCAUUUUUCCCUAUUUACACCGCAGUUGUUUAACUGUCAUGAUUGCCGAUAGUUUUUUAAACAUGAACCGGCUGAAAAUUGAUAUGACUGGGCAACUUUUAAUUGUCUUUGUGAUAAUAAGUAGUGGCUCUGUAGUUUGCCAGUACUAUGGUACUAAAGAGCUCACUGGCCUUUCUCCUGGAGGGAUGCAGCUGACAUAACAUGUCUUCAUGGCGUGGUAUCAACUUAACUCUUAACAGAACAAUCCUUUUGGUCUCCAGAAUACCUUGUAAUGGAUGUUUGUGGACAAUGACGGUUAGAGUUACUUCAUCGCAUAAGUAACCUAUCCACUAAGUGUAAAUGCCAGCUCUUGAGUUCAGUGCUUUGGCAAAAGCCCAAGAUUUUUCUUUUCCCAAAGGUGUAUCCACAAAUCCUCAAUCAUUGUGUUGUGAACGAGCAUUGCAUGAACCAAGAAAGACACGGUUUUGGAGCUGCUGCUACUUGAUCACUUUGGAGAGACUCCUAUAGACAACGCACCAGUGUGGAUGUUCAUUGAAGAGAGAAUUUGACUUCGACGUCAUGAUUGUGCUCAGAUGUCAACAGUUUGUCUAAUCUUUCAGUCAAAAGAACCAUUUGAAAACUGGAGAGAGGCAACCAAUAUUCUGUGCAACUUUAUCCAGGUCUGAGUCAGCACCCUUUUGUGGAGAAGGGAGCAGUACCUUGUAUGAUAACUAGACUAUAUUUAUUUGUCCACUUCAGGUAGCCUUGCUGUAGUAAACAACUUGUAAAAAUAUCCAUUGGGCAAACACCUUUUGGUUGUUAAAGUGCAUCUUUAAUCAUGCAUUUGGCUAGUUUCUUUGUUGUUUUGGAAGCUAGGUACUCACUUACUCAAUUUUGUUUUAUUUUGUUCCUAACCACCUAGAAACCUGUAAUGAAUCUUGCUACUCCAUCCCACCACCCCUCCCAAACACACACGCAAUUGCCAUGUCAUUAGCUAGGAGCAUUGAGGUGGUUUGGGUGGCCAAUAAUUGGGCGAAAUGAAAAUCUGACAAAAGCAGCUGGUUUUCCGAUUAUUAUCCUGUUUUAUUUUGAAAGGAAGGAUAUGUCGUAAGAGGGAGGGAAAACCCUUGAUAAGCGGUUUGCUUACUGUGAGUUACCUUAUCUUUUGUAUAUGUAAAAGCUGUCUGCUUUACAUUUGUGUGACAUGCCAUCUUAUGUUUGGCACAACCUUUCUGAAACUGUCCUGGUACUGUAGAACUGGAUUAGUUCAUGGCAUUCAUUCGUGUGUGUGUAUCAUUUAUUUGAGCUAGGAUUACAGCUAAUUCACAAACAGAUUUUCAUUUCAGGCUGUGACUCAAACAGUUCAUGCUGAAAAACAGUGUAUUUAAAAUCCAGUUAAUUAUCAGUCAUUUGUAUCAAGACCUUGUCUCAAAUUUCAACAACUCGAAUAUAAAUUGAAUGCUUUAAAACUCCACCCAGGCCUCUGUGCUCGUUAAAGAUCUUUUUCUUAAUUCAAUUUAAUUCUGUGUUUGUGUCCCCUUGAAGAAAGUGCAAACAGGUAGCUGAUGUAAAAUGCUGAGUGAAAUUUAAGUGCUGUACAUUUGUUUUAAAAAUUUAUGAUUUGGAAUGAAACGGGUCAGAGCUUAAUAGAAACAAUUGUUUUGAUUUUUAAAUUAGUGUUUUUAUACCUCGAUCAGCUUUCAGAAAGCUGAUUCUUCAGAGGAACAUUAUACACAUCAAUAAGUGCUUAUGUGGGGAAUUAUUUGUGACUGUAACUUCUGUACUUAAUGUCAAUUGUCUUAUAUAUAUAUUUAAUAUAAUAUAUAUAUGAUGUGUGUGUAAAUGGGAGGAGUAAACGCAAUUUAAAGAUUCAUUAUUUUGAGUGUCUUCAGGUUUUAAAUUGCUCCUUUUCCUUUUGGAGCAGUAUGAGAGUGAUUUGUGUUCCAUUUCCAUAUGGCCCAUUAUGUUAUAAGUACCCUCACAAGGUUUCACAAUAUUCAACAUUUAAAAAGCACUUCAGUCGAUCCUGAUGGUCUCAUGGAUCAAAGUACAGCCAGUGUGGUACUGAGCUGCACUCACCAUGAACCAGGUUUGUUUCCUAAACUGAGUUAUAUUGAUUGGGGUGAUGGCCAGACUCUCUACGGUUAACUCUACAGUUUUGGGUUAGCAAGUGAGAAAGGACAAAGAAAGCCCUCAGGAACCAGUGUCCCUGCUCUUGAUUAUUAUCCAGUGAUCUUCUGGUAGGCCUGUGUGCUGAUGCUGGGCAAGAGCAGUACCCUUGCCAACAACAACUAUGUGUGACCAGCUCUCCCCAUCAAGGCACUCUUGGGUGAGUGUGUUGCUAGCAGCACCGUGACACCAAAGCCAUACCUGCACCCAGCUUGCACCAGUAUCAGCUGAGGAAAUGGGGUGAGGGUGUGAAGUAAGAAAGUUCACACGUACCCCAAAAAGUGUAGAAGGAACAAUCUAAAAUGUCCAUUAAGCCAUCUCAUGGUGGCAAGUACUCCAUCUACUGGUAAGUCAUUGUAAUGACUUUGGAUUUCAAGAAGACUUCUUUUCCUCUCCAGUUUUCACCCUCUGUUUACACAAGACACUUUUUUUUCUAUUGUGUUGAAUGCACUAUCUCUGUAUUUUAAUGAAUGUGUGCAGUCAGUGAUUCCAGCUAUGAGCACUGCUGCCCCCCAGUGGUGGAGGUAGAGCUUCUCUGUAGUAACAUGGGUUUUGACCAUGACCUUUUAUUUAAAUAGCAUCUCUCCUCUCUACAUAUCAUUGAACCAGCUCUGAUAUCUCAGGCAAAUUCCUCCUCAGGGUCCCAAAAUCUAACUGCUUGAUUGUUGAGGUAGGAAGAGUGAUCUUGGAGGAAUUCUGUGUUAAAAAACUAAUUGACCCUUUUUAGCCAUGGGGAAUGUGUCAUAUAAACAUAUUCUCGCAGGUGUGACCCAUUUCCUUUUCUUAUGGGUACCCUGGUGUCAGCAAUGAGAUGCAAUCCGUGGCAAGAGGCUUUGUUGCCAAAGAUUUUGAGGGUUCAUAAAUAUAGCCUUUGUUCCAUCCAUAAUUCUCAUCAGCAUCAAGACCAUGCCUGAAUAUUUCUAUUCAUUGUAAUGAUUUCCCCUUCUCGGUUCUGCCAGCAUAAUGCAGUUGUCUAUGGACAGAUUUGAAAACACCACUGCUCAAUGUUGAUGACUUAAGUUGAUAUCUUUGGCUAUUGAAUAUUUGUAUAAAAAUGGGCGUAAUUAAAACUAGGUUAUUUAUCAUUCUCUCAAUUGAAUUAUUCAUGGCUGUUUUCUUGAUUUUUAAACCUGCAUUAUGACAGCCAAAAAUGUAAAAUAAAAAUGUUUCUGUGGAAUUUUAGGGUGUGAACCUUAUCCACCUGACGGAUAAAUGUAAAUAAAAAGUGGUUUCUCAGCACAA